AACCCUACAUUGGUAGGAAAAAAAUUGACGGCUAGGAUGGUGCUAGAUGAGUUGAAGGUCCGGCGGGGCACGCCAUCGUUGUUAGCGCCGGCGCGGGCGACGCCACGGGAGAGCAAGCCGCUGUCGGACAUUGACAACCAGGCAGUAAUGUGGUUCUACAGCACCGUGAUCCACCUCUACCGAGGCAACCCAUCCAAGGGACUCAUCGACCCGGCGGUGACCGUGCGCGCUGCGCUGGCGGAGGCGCUGGUGCACUACUACCCGCUGGCCGGUCGGCUGCGCGAGGAGGCCGGCCGGAAGCUGGCGGUGGACUGCGCCGGGCAGGGUGUCAUGUUCGUGGAGGCCGACGCGGACAUCGUCAUCGAUGAUCUCGGCGACGUGCGGUACCCGCCGUUCCCGCGCUCCGAGGAGUUCGUCUACGACCACCACGUCUGCAGGGCGCCCCCCUCCGGCGUGCCGCUAGUGCUGGCUGCAAUCGUUGACCAGCCCCUGAUGUACGUCCAGGUCACACGGCUCAAAUGCGGAAGCUUCACCGUGUGCCACCAGAGUGCCCACUGCAUCAGCGACGCCGCCGGCUUGGCGCAGUUCUGGAAGGCAGUCGGCGAGCUCGCCCGCGGCGCCAGCGCGCCGUCCGUGCCGCCCGUUUGGGACAGGGAGAUUUUCAACGCGCGGCAGCCGCCGCUCCCGAGCUUCCCCCACGACGAGUACCGGGAGCCUGCAGACGGGUGCAACGGCGACCCGAUCGCAUCCACGCCAUCGCGCGACAUGGCGCGCGUCCAGUUCUCCUUCGGGCCCGGGGCCAUCGCCGCGCUGCGCAGGCAGCUCGCGCCGGGCGCGGCACCGGCGUCUCAGUUCGACCUGGUGGCGGCCUGCGUGUGGCGGAGCCGCACGGCGGCGCUCGGCUACGCGCCCGGGGACGAGGUGCGGCUGAUGAUGGCCGUGAACGCGCGCGGCCGGCGCAUGGACGUGUUCGGCCGCGAGGUCCCCGCCGGAUACUACGGCAACGCGUUCGCCUUCACGGUUGCGCGCUGCGCUGCCGGGGAGCUAUGCGGCCGCGAGCUCGGCUACGCGGUGGGGCUGAUCAGGGCGGCCAAGGCGACGGUGACGUACGAGUACAUGCGGUCGGUGGCGGAACUGAUGGUGCUGGAGGGCCGUCCUGUGAUCGCGAGGAAGCGCACGUUCGGCGUGUCGGACCUCAGCCAUGCCGGGUUCGACGAGGCCGAGUUCGGGUGGGGAAAGCCCGUGUAUUCAGGCGUCACCACGGACUCCCACCGAGACUUUCGGGGCGGCGCCACCUUCUUCAUCCGAGGCAAAAACGAAGGUGGCGAGGACGAGACGUUCGUCGGCAUCUACCUCCCACGAGACUGCACGGCAAGGUACCGGAUGGAGGUGUUGGCCCUCACCGAGACCAGCAGCAGCGCCAAGGCCAAGCUGCAGAGGGUUAUGGACAAAGCGCCGUCAGCUCCAUUUGUCCCGCGUGCCCGCUACUAAUUCCUCUAUCAGGUUACACAUACAUACAUAAUCACUUUUGAUAAAUCUCAGCUGAGUGAGAUUUAGCAAAGUCUCGCUUGAUUUGGUGGCCGCUAUAUUCGAGGAAGUAUGAAGACUCGUGUUCAAGUCGCAUCGUGGGCUCGAGCCACUUGUGCAUUUCUCCUUUCUCUUCUUCUUCAUUUUUUUAGGCAAUCCUUUGUCGUCUUUGUUGUGUUUGUAUCGGCCGUUACUGCUCAUCCGGCCUCACAUGCUUGUUUUUUAUUCUUCAUUUGUUUAC